UCACUUUCUACAGGGUAGUAUGCGCGGUGAUAUUUUGAUAGUUGUAUUUUAUACUGUUUAAAAGUUAAUAAUUGAAAAUAAACAAAGAAAAAUGUACAAAGAACUUCUAAAUGUUGAAGAAAACAUCAAUAAUUCGCAAAAAGAUACUUUAACACCUUAUAAAAUUGCAGUGAUUUUAUUGAUUAAAUGUUAUUGUUCUACAAAUGUUAAAACUAUUUGUGAACGUCGUGAUUUUUGUGUCAUCAUUUUAAAAUUGAUACAGACACCAGAUAUGGAAAUAGACACACUUUUGACAGAACUUCAUUCACCUAAUCAUGUUCUUCAGUGUUUUGCUAAAGAAUUAGAAUCAGAGUGUGUACAUGUGUGUAACACUGGAAUCGAAGGAUUGUCAGAACUAUUCGAUGUUCUUACAAAAUUCAUGAAAUCAUCACUAGAUCAUUCUCUUACACCUCAUUUACUUUGUAGAAAUUCUGUUUUAGGACUAUAUGUGCGCAGAAUUAUUGUUUUUUUUGAACAGUUAUCAUUUUCUGACGUAGCACAACUUUACGAUGCCUUCGUUAAAGAUUUUGACCAAAGUAUCAUUCUUGUCUCAAAUUGGAAAAAUCGUAGAGUUAAAGAGGUUCCCGCGAAAAAAAAUAAAAAUAAUAUAUGGGAUGGCCGAAGAGCUGAAUUGUUAGUUGCUCAGCAAGCUCACAUCUUGCAAACCAAUGAAUACAAAGCAAUGUCACCUUCAAAAUUACAAUCUCUGGUUCGAGAACUUCUGAGCUAUAACUCUUAUUAUGCAGAAGUACAUUACUUGAGUUAUUUAAAUUGCUUACGAGUAAAUGAAUAUUGUGGAGCACUUGAUAGUCUUUAUCACUGUUUCGAUAGAUUGGCACCUCUUGACAAUCGUACCGUAUCUGAAGAUAGAUCUCGAAUCUUUCGUUAUGCAGCAUUAAACUUAGCUGCACUACAUGCACAAUUCGACCAUAAAAUAGUAGCUCAAACUGCUCUGAAAGAAGCUAUCAUAAUGGCUCAAGAAGCUGGAGAUAAUGUAUGUUUACAACUAGCGCAUGCUUGGACGUACUAUUUGCUGAGUAAAAAUAAAGCCCAUUUAAUUGAACGUUCCAUUGGAAAAUCCGGCAUCUUUGGAAUCACUCAUACAAUGAGUUUAGGACUGAUUGCAUCUGCACAUCAUGCAACUCUAGAAGCAAAUAGUCCCACUUACGUUUUUGAUACUCUUAUGAAAUCGGAUGUAUUAAACUAUCAACAUUCCAUGUCAGAUUUAAUGUCAAUGACUUAUGCCGAGAAAUCAGCUCUAUGGGCUUAUUAUGGGAAAGCUAAAAUUUCAACAAUCUGUGCCCAAUUAUUGUUGCUCCAUAAUUCACAAAAUUAUAAACAAAAUUUAUUUAAUGGUGAAUCAACAUGCCAAGAAGUCAUCAGUAUUGCUAAUGCUUUAGUUGAAGUUGGUCAGUACAAGCUUGCUGACGUAGUGUUUAAUCAUGCCAAAGAUAGAUUCAAUAAUUUGACAAGCAAUAAGACAUGGAUUUUGAGUGAACGACUUUUUGAAUUUACAAGAAUCAUGAGGCAUGAAAAUUGGAGUGAAGCUGAAAAUAUAGCAAUCCAAAUAUCGAGUUUAUGCCCAUUUGAAAGUAAACUGCGUUUAGCUGAAAUCGCUCUAGCAGCCGGUGAUUACUUAGUUGGACUACAAUUUCUUCAUAACGUUGAAAAAAAUAAAAAUUUUACAGCCAGAAAUCUCGUACAAUCGAUGAACAUUAUAAGUAAAAUAAUAAAUCUAUCAUCUACUCCUGAGCAAGGGUUUACUAGCAUCAACAGUAUUGUAUUGUUGAACUCGGCUUUAGACAUAGCUAAAACAAAUCAUUUAUCUUAUUAUGAAGCUAUAAUUAAGAUAAAUCUCGCUACAGUUCAGCUCGUGAAUGGAAUGCCGAUUCAAGCAUUAGCUUUAAUUGAUGAAGCCGUGGAACAGAUAUUAGCUCAUGGAAGUUGGUAUGAUGGAGGGUGUGCAUUUACAUUGUAUGCCCAGUGUUUAGUAGCGACAGCUCCAUUUGCGUCAAAAAAACGUAAAGUAAUCUUACAAAAUGCAAUUCAAUAUCUUUUAAAAGCUGAUUAUUAUUUUAGAAAAAUUGAGGCUUUUGGUAAAAUAAAAAAAACAAUGUAUUUUCUUAUACUUCUAUACAACGAAUUAGAUAUGAAAAUUGAAAGAAACCGAUGUGCUUUUGAGUAUCGACAAAAUAAUGGUGAAGGUUUAAUAAAAUCGAGUAUCAAUACAUUAUUUUAAAGAAUGCUUUUUUGUCAUUUUCCCUUUCUGUUAUAAUAAACUUUUCAUUCUGUUUUUAUAUGAACAAAGACAA